GCUCGGCUCUCUUCUGCACACGCCCGCUCAUUCUAGAGAAAUACACACACAAAACGAAGAGUCAAAACUUGAAUGCUAUCGAAAAUGAGAAUGGAAAAAGUGAACAGAUUUAUUGCGCGAUUAGCUGGUCGAAGGAUUGUAAAUGACCGUUCUCGUGCAGUUUCUGAUAUGAAGGCUAUUCCUUCUCUUCUUCUGAAGCACGGUGAAGGUGGAAAUGAUUCUGCUGGUCCAAAGUUGUUCAAUAUGUUGGCGCUUUUAGGUGCAGGAACUACUGGACUUUUGAGUUUUGCAACAGUUUCAUAUGCUUCUGAUGAGGCUGAGCAUGGGCUGGAGAGUCCUAGCUAUCCAUGGCCUCACAAAGGCAUCCUUAGUUCAUAUGACCAUGCCUCGAUUCGACGGGGCCACCAGGUCUAUCAGCAAGUUUGUGCAUCCUGCCACUCUAUGUCACUUAUUUCUUAUCGUGAUCUUGUUGGUGUGGCGUACACUGAGGAAGAAACUAAAGCGAUGGCAGCGGAAAUUGAAGUGGUUGAUGGCCCAAAUGAUGAGGGCGAAAUGUUUACUCGCCCAGGGAAGUUGAGUGACCGUUUCCCUCAGCCUUAUCCUAAUGAGCAAGCAGCUCGAUUUGCAAAUGGAGGAGCCUAUCCCCCUGAUUUAAGUCUCAUCACCAAGGCCCGCCAUAAUGGCCAGAACUAUGUUUUCGCUCUUCUAACUGGGUAUCAUGAUCCCCCUGCUGGUGUCACGAUUCGAGACGGGCUACACUACAAUCCCUACUUCCCAGGUGGAGCGAUUGCCAUGCCUAAAAUGCUUAACGAUGGUGCUGUUGAGUAUGAAGAUGGUACCCCUGCAACCGAAGCACAGAUGGGAAAAGAUGUUGUAACAUUCUUGUCUUGGGCUGCCGAACCAGAAAUGGAGGAACGAAAACUGAUGGGCUUCAAAUGGAUAUUUGUAUUGUCACUUGCACUUAUCCAAGCAGGGUAUUACAGACGCUUGAAAUGGUCGGUUUUCAAGUCGCGCAAGUUGGUGCUUGAUGUUGUCAACUGAACUUCCAGGUUCCGAUAUAGACCAAAUGACUUCUCUCCUCAUCGGUUAGUCCUUUAAGAUAAGUUCUCCUAUUUAGUUUGUAAUAAUGUCAAGUGCAUAACUCAUGUGCUUGCCCUUUCUGUCCAUUCACGCCAUAUAUAUAUAUAUAUACUACUAUAUCUCUUUAUUCCAAA